AUGGCGGUUCCAUCUACAUUUGAAAAUCAAUGGUAUACACAAGGCUGUUAUUACUGCCAAUAUACAUUACCUGUGCGAUAUCAGAAGUUAUCUCAUAUUGGACAGGGCAGGUACGGUACUGUGAUUCGCGCUUUCGAUGAAGAAAAAGACCAAUGGGUAGCUAUUAAAAAACUAACUCGACCAUUUCAAAAUGAUGUAUAUGCUCAACGAGCAUAUCGAGAAUUGAAAUUAACCCAAUAUCUUACCCAUCCUGAUGCACAACUUUUACAAUUAUACCAUGUAUUUACGCCGGAGCAAAAACUAGAAGAUUUCGAAACAUUAUAUUUUGUUUUUAAUUUUGUUCCCUUCAACUUGAAUCAGCUUAUCAAACGUCGUUUACCCAUAGCUGAAAAUCAUGUCAAUCAAAUUAUCUAUUCAAUUUGUCGUGGUUUGCAGUAUAUGCACUCUGCUGGUAUUAUCCAUCGGGAUUUGAAGCCAGAAAAUAUUGGAAUAGAUGCACAAUCUAAUGUCACAAUUCUUGAUCUUGGCUUAGCUCGCACUGUAGACGGGAGUGAAAAAACGGGCUAUGUUGUUACUCGGUGGUGGCGUGCACCAGAAAUAAUAAUUAAUCAGAGCAAAUACGAUGAAAAAGUCGAUAUAUGGUCAGUGGGUUGCAUCAUGGCAGAAUUGAUCCUACUUCGUCCGCUUUUUCCUGGAACCAGCCAGUUUACUCAGUUAGAUGCAAUAUUUGAUGUGGUCGGUACACCAGAUAUUGAAACAUUAAACGAAAUAUCCAAUGCAGUAUCACCAGCUAGCAGCGCUCAGAAAAUACAAAAACCACAGCAAGAUUUUAAUAAACUAUUCGGUUACAAAUAUGAUCAAACAGGAGAAAAUAAAAUAUCUGGUGUUUCAUCAGAGGGUAUUGAUUUUCUGCGAAGUCUUUUAACUUUUGAUCCUCGUCAACGUCCAACGGUAGGCGAAGCCCUUAAGCAUCCGUUUUUGCAACGAUAUCGUACUGCAGAAGAUGAACCUACCAUACAACGUUUAAUGGACAUACAUCAAGGUGCAAAGUAUGAUGUACCAGAAUGGAAAUCUAUUAUCUGGAAAAUGAUUCAAGAAUUCAAGUCACCAUCUUGGAUUAAUGAUAAGCAGGGUGGCAAUCCCAUGAGUUCGGACGACAAUUAA